CCAGGAGGCAUUCGCUCAUCGCCUGCACGCAACUUCACACUCCACGCUGAUCAAAGAAAUGGCCGGGUCUGAUGAUGACAAACACCACCGACGCUCGCACAGACAAAACAAAGGACUUUUUGCCUUCUUAAAUCCUGACGAAGGUGACGAUGCUCUAACUGAUGCCGAUGCUGAUGAGGCACCACCAAGACCAGACCCAGAAACUUCGAGGAAGUCUAGACGAGGCCAAGAAAGGAAAAUGGAUGGUUCUGACCAACAAUCGGCUGUCCGUGAAGUGGGGCUAAACAUUGAUGCAACACCACCAGGCAAGGAUGCUGCACAAUUGGGAAAACAAGCACUUGAUGGAAGGAAAAUGGAUGGUUCUGAUCAGCAAUCGACGGUCAGUGAAGUGGGGCUAAACAUUGAUGCAACACCACAAGGCAAGGAUGCUACACAAUCGGACAAACAAGCACUUGAUGAAGGAAUGGCUUGCUCUCAUCAUGAUGAUCAGUACCGACGGCCACCAAAACCAAAAGGGGGAUUAUUUGGGGGAUUAUUUGGGUUCACUGACAAAGACGAAGUGGAAGCACAAGACGACACAAUAAGUGGUGAAGGGCAACUAAGGAGGACGGAUACACCACGCAAAUCGAAACCUACUGGAUUUGAUAGAAAAUUCUACGAGGCGGUUCGACGUGGAAAGUUGCACGAGGUGAAGAGCAUGUUGGAUAUUAACAAUGCAUUGCUGGACAAUAGAUUUACGAAGUUCGAGGAAAAUGCUGUCCAAGUGGCGGUGGUUGCUGGACAGGAAAUGAUUGUUUCAGAGUUGUUGGCACGAGAAGCAAAUCCCGAAUUGCUGAAAGAAAAAAACAAUUACGGUGAAACGGCGCUUACCCUGGCUGCUGCAAGAGGGAAGAUGAGUAUUGUCGAGAUGUUAGUGGAGAAAUACGAGGAUUUAGCGGAUGUAACGAAUGCUCUAGGACAGUUACCUGUUGUUGUGGCUGCUCUCUACGGCCACAAGGACAUAGUUCGUUAUCUUUAUGACUGCACUUUGGUUGAAAACUUUUUUGUAGGAGAGAAAGAAGAUCAAAGUUUGAGUACAGGCAAUAAAGUUAAAAAAGUUCUUCUAGAUCUAAAGGAAGAGAGCAACCAGGCUAAAGAGAAACAUCCAAUUAAAGUUCUUCUGAAACCAGUCUCAAGUAGCCCUGAUAAUGAAGCAACUUCCUAUGGAUAUUUAAGCAAGCAUAAUGGGUUUAGGCUUUUCAAAGCAUGCAUCACGGCUGGAAUCUAUGAUAUUGCUUUGGAGGUUUUCAAGCUACGUCCAGAUCAAUGCAUUGAAGAAAUGAAGAAGGAGAAAGGUACAACACUAUAUCCACUAGCCCUUGCGGAUUUAGCAAAAGAAAAAAGAAAUUUAGCAAAAGAAAAAAGAAAUCGAUUCAUGGCUUGGGUAUACGACAACAUCUCCUCAGGUCUUCCACCAUGGGCCUCAGACUACUUAACUGCUAAGUAUGCCCCGUUGGAGUAUGGAAAGAAGUACAUGGACAAUCACCAACCAGCUCGUAAAUUGUUGCGUGCAAUAAGUAAGGAAUUAUCAAGUUUAAAUAAGUAUGAUACUAAGACCAUAGCAACAGUCUUGGGGAAGCCAAUGCUGACGGCUGUUUUACAAGAGAAUGUGGAUUUUGUCAAAGUAGUUACUCAAGAUUGCCCUGAUGUGCUGUGGUUUGAGAUCGAUGGAUUAACAUUUUUUGCUCAUGCAAUUUCAAAAGGCCUUGAGAAAAUCUACAGGUUUGCAUGUAAAAAGCCUGAAACAGGACUUUUAGCAAACGUACUUCCCGAUCGCGAUGGCAACACCCUCCUUCAUCAAGCUGCAAAGUUAUCACCAUCCCCUCAACUUAGCCAAUUUCUUGGUCCAGCUCUACAGAUGCAGAGAGAGCUACAACGAUUUAAGGAAGUGGAGAAGAUGGCACCUAUGUGCAAAGGAUUAGUAAACACUGAGAACCAAACUCCAAAAGAUUUAUUUGAUAAGGAACACAAUGACCUUAAGAAUCAAGGACGAGACUGGUUGAAGGAAAUAGCAACAUCUUGUUCAGUAGUGGCAACCUUGAUUGUGACUAUAAUGUUCGCUGCGGCAUUCACAGCUCCAGGCGGCUAUAAAGAGGAUACCGGCAUGCCCACAUACUUGCGAUCAAAAUACUUUAGUGCUUACAUAAUUUCAGAUGCAUUCUCAUUGUUCUUUUCCUGCACUUCAGCUAUGAUAUUCUUGGGGAUUCAUACAUCGCUUUUCAGAGAAGAAGAUUUCCUAAUCAAGUUGCCGCUGGCUUUGAUGUUCGGUCUUUUCACUCUUUUCCUGUCCAUUGCAACGAUGUUGGUAGCUUUCGGUACUGCCUUAGUCAUAAUGUUGCGCGAGCGCUUUGUGUGGAUCUCUAUACCACUGCUUAUGCUAGGAAGUAUUCCAGUCAGCAUUUAUGCAAUACUGCAUGUUCGGAUCUUCUUUCACGUUCUCCGUUUGACCUUUCGAAACCCAACAAAUUGAGAAACUAUACAUCAGAAUAUGCUGAAGAAGAAAAAACAAAAUGAAUUUUCAUUUUUAUUUUUCUACAUAAAAUUGUCCUUCAUUUUGCCAUGUUAGUCUUAUCUUAUGCUUGCCCCCUUUUUAUUGGUGUUUUCUUUUUUGAUGUACUUGCCUAUAGAAACAAUGUUUUAUUGUAAUAUGUCUUUCUAUGCAUAUGUAUGCAUUUUUGCGUACCCAACUCUUCAA